AUGAGGGCCGGAUUUGGCGUCAUCAGCAUGAGCGCCUGCGCUGUCGGGAACGAGAGCGCAAGGGAUGGGAAGAAGCAUGGCGCUGCUCACAUCAUACGGGCAGCUCUAGGAGACAUCGUCCCCAAGAGUGGCCCUGUUCUGAGCAUCCACUAUGACAAGAGAGGAGCGAAGAUGGCGGUGCAGUAUGAUGGAGACGAUUGUGCGGACAAAAAAGGGGAAGUGGAGGAUGCUGCAAACAAUAUCUGUUCCAAGAACACAGACCUUAACUCUCUCAAGUUGUGCGACGCGGAUAAAGCCAGCUUGAGCUCAUUCGAAUCCGCGACAGCGAGUGACAUUGGAGGUGUGACGUUGAAAAAGUUUUCCUGCAACGCCGGAAAGCAGCAGAUAAUCAUCGAAUAUGCACUUGGAGCGGCGAAAAAAGCUUCAGAACCAGAACAAACUCAGGCAAAGGCUGCCCAGCCAAAAAAUGCUGCGAAGGGUAAGACCGCAAUCUCACAGCCUUCAUCCUACGAGAGUGUGCCCCAGGUAUCGGCCCACAUGGCAGAGUCUAUUCUUGCCAUGCUCUUGCAAGAAGGAGUCACGUUGGACGGCAAGGAGGAGCAGCUGAAGAACAAGAUGCAAGAGUUGAUCACUACACCUCUUGUGGCUCUAAAGAACACGUCGUAUACUUCUGGUUUCCAUUCCAACAGAAAUCAGGCACCCACACCAAACUUUGUGGUUCGAAGGAACUGA